AUGUUUUGUAUGUGUUUAACGUUACUAGUCAUCCUCCCAUUAAUGAUUAUAGGAUUUCUCAUCUUCUCCGCUUUCGUUGUGAUUCCAUUAGCAUUUAUAUUCGCUUCAUGGUAUAUGAGAAUAAAAGAAAGGAAACUACAAAGGCGGCAAAGAGAUGGAGCAAAUGUGGCCUUUUUCCAUCCAUACUGCAAUUCUGGUGGAGGUGGGGAAAGAGUACUAUGGGUAGCAAUUAAAGCUAUAUUGACCCGAUAUCCGGACUCAAGCAUCUACAUUUAUACAGUUGAAACAGCAGAGCCAAAAACAAUACUUGAUAAAGUACAAAAUCAAUUCAAUGUUAAGGUGGAUCCUGAGAAGAUAAACUUUGUGAGGCUCAGCAUGCAGAAGUUGAUAGAAGCGAAGUCAUACUCAUACUUCACCCUGCUAAUGCAAAGUCUAGGGUCUAUGGUUUUGGGGAUGGAAGCAUUUAUGAAGUUAAAUCCAGAUAUCUUCAUAGACACAACGGGCUUUGCAUUCACAUAUCCUAUCUUCCGUUACCUGGCUCAGUGUCCGGUGGCCUGCUAUGUACAUUAUCCAACCAUCACCUCCGCAAUGAUGCGACGCGUGAAGCAUCGCAUCACAUCAUACAACAACUCCAGCCUCGUGGCUAGAAACCCGCUGUUCACGUGGCUAAAGCUUAUUUACUAUAAGAUAUUUGGCUGGUUGUAUGGGGUGGUGGGACGGUGCGCUGAUGUGGUGAUGGUGAACGGUAGCUGGACGGAGGAGCACAUCAGCGAAGUGUGGCACUUGCAAUACUCCACGCAUCGCGUCUACCCUCCCUGCGAGGUGACUGAACUGAAGAAAUUGCGUUCACUAGUGAAGGAGUCCGAUCCAAUUCGCAUACUGUCGGUGGCUCAAUUCCGCCCGGAGAAAGAUCACCCGCUGAUGCUGCAGGCGAUGUACGAGCUCAGGAAUUUGCUCGUCAAGAAUGAGAUGCUGUGGAACAAGAUCAAGCUAGUACUAGUCGGCUCUUGCCGCAACCAGGAGGACGAGGAACGAGUCCAGAACCUGAAGGACCUGGCCAAGCACCUGGCCUUGGAGGACAAUGUCCAGUUCGUGGUGAACGCUCCGUACGCAAGACUGCUGCAGCUCUACCAGACCUCUACCAUGGCGAUACACGCUAUGUGGAACGAGCAUUUUGGUAUCAGUGAGUAA